UCUCUGCGGCUGGAUUUUUCCUUUCCCGUUUUCCUUCCCCUGCCCUCCCCCGUUUAAGGUUGGCAUCCAGAGGGUCGAGUUCGGGGGGCAACGCCGGGCGCAACGCCGGCGUCACGACGACGGCGGCGGCUGACGGCUGGAAGAGCAGGCUUCCUUCGCCGCUCGUCCUCCUUCCCCGGUCCGCUCGGUGUCAGGCGCGGCGGCGGCGGCGGCGCGGCGGACACACUUCGUCCUCACGCCUGCUCCCCCCCGCGCCCGAGCGGGCACUCUUCCCUUCGCCAUCCCCCGACCCUUCACCCCGGGGACUGCGCGCCUUCCCCGGCGCACCUCAGGGAGCGGAGGCCGCUCUCCUGCUCGGCUGUCGCGCCUCCAUGUCGGAUAACCAGAGCUGGAACUCGUCGGGCUCCGAGGAGGAUCCCGAGACGGAGUCCGGGCCGCCUGUGGAACGCUGCGGGGUCCUCAGCAAGUGGACAAACUACAUUCAUGGAUGGCAGGAUCGUUGGGUAGUUUUGAAAAAUAAUACUCUGAGUUAUUAUAAAUCUGAAGAUGAAACCGAGUAUGGCUGCAGGGGAUCCAUCUGUCUUAGCAAGGCUGUCAUCACACCUCAUGAUUUUGAUGAAUGUCGAUUCGAUAUCAGCGUAAAUGAUAGCGUUUGGUAUCUUCGUGCUCAAGACCCAGAUCACAGACAGCAGUGGAUAGAUGCCAUUGAACAGCAUAAGACAGAAUCUGGAUAUGGCUCAGAAUCAAGCCUGCGCAGACAUGGCUCAAUGGUGUCACUGGUGUCUGGAGCAAGUGGCUACUCUGCAACAUCCACCUCUUCAUUUAAGAAAGGCCACAGUUUACGUGAGAAAUUGGCUGAAAUGGAAACUUUUAGAGACAUCCUCUGUAGACAAGUUGACACUCUGCAGAAGUUCUUUGAUGCCUGUGCUGAUGCUGUCUCCAAGGAUGAACUUCAAAGGGAUAAAGUGGUAGAAGAUGAUGAAGAUGACUUUCCAACAACACGCUCUGACGGAGAUUUCUUGCAUAAUACCAAUGGCAACAAGGAAAAGAUAUUUCCUCAUGUACCACCAAAAGGGAUUAAUGGUAUAGACUUUAAAGGAGAAGCAAUAACUUUUAAAGCAACUACUGCUGGAAUCCUGGCUACACUUUCUCACUGUAUUGAACUAAUGGUAAAACGUGAGGAAAGCUGGCAAAAGAGACUGGAUAAGGUAAGACUAGAAGGCCCAAAUAGUCUGAUUAAUGAAGAAGAGUUCUUUGAUGCUGUUGAAGCUGCUCUUGACAGACAAGAUAAAAUUGAAGAACAGAGUGAAAAGGUUAGGUUACAUCGGCCUACAGUCUUGCCAUCUGGAGAUGCCUUUUCUUCUGUGGGGACACACAGAUUUGUCCAAAAGCCCUAUAGUCGCUCUUCCUCCAUGUCUUCCAUUGAUCUUGUCAGUGCCUCUGAUGAUGUUCACAGAUUCAGCUCCCAGGUUGAAGAGAUGGUACAGAACCACAUGACCUACUCAUUACAGGACGUAGGUGGAGAUGCCAAUUGGCAGUUGGUGGUAGAAGAAGGAGAAAUGAAGGUAUACAGAAGAGAAGUAGAGGAAAAUGGAAUUGUUCUGGAUCCUUUGAAAGCUACCCAUGCAGUUAAAGGUGUUACAGGACAUGAGGUCUGCAAUUACUUCUGGAAUGUUGAUGUUCGCAAUGACUGGGAAACAACAAUAGAGAACUUUCAUGUGGUGGAAACAUUAGCUGAUAAUGCAAUCAUCGUUUAUCAAACACACAAGAGAGUGUGGCCUGCUUCUCAGCGAGAUGUUUUAUAUCUUUCUGCCAUUCGUAAGAUACCAGCCUUGACUGAAAAUGACCCUGAAACUUGGAUAGUUUGUAAUUUUUCUGUGGAUCAUGACAGUGCUCCUCUAAACAAUCGAUGUGUCCGUGCCAAGAUAAAUAUUGCUAUGAUAUGUCAAACUUUGGUAAGCCCCCCAGAGGGAAACCAGGAGAUAAGCAGAGACAACAUUCUGUGCAAGAUUACAUAUGUUGCUAAUGUGAACCCUGGAGGAUGGGCACCAGCCUCAGUGUUAAGGGCCGUGGCAAAGCGAGAAUAUCCCAAGUUUCUAAAGCGCUUUACUUCUUAUGUCCAAGAAAAAACUGCAGGAAAACCUAUAUUAUUCUAGGAUUAACAGUGACUGAAGCAAGGCUGUGUGACAUUCCAUGUUGGAGAAGACAAACACACAAUUGAGUGCUCUGAGCUGGAACGUAGGAUCUAUAGCCUUGCUGGGGCCCAUGACCUUGACCUUGUGUACAAAAAUGAAAUACUGCAAUAGCAAAGCUGAACAUCUAACACUAGCUGUCUCCUGCUAGAUUACUCCUCGCUCAGCAUAUAACUAUAAAUACAUGUAAAAUUACAUGUAGAUGGCUAUAUUCUCAUUUGCUUGCUCCUAGAAGAGGAAAAACAAAUCAACUUUGAAUCACAUCUAGGAGUUGAUGCUUUAAUUUUUGGAAACUUUUUCAGAAUUUUUCAUUUACUUUGGCCUGGCCAGAGAGCCUCAGUUGUGUCAGGUUUUGUGUACAUGCAUUCUGUGCACCAAAUAUUCAGAUGGGGAUCUGUUUUCAGGCCACCAGGCAAAUCUGUGUCCAGAAAUUUUUGACUUUUUUGCUUUGUAUAAUCAUAGAAUUCGUUGCUGCUGAUUUCUAUAAGGAGUCCUGUUGUCAUGUCAAAUGUCUCGUAUUAACUGAGGGCUGUGGUGUUUGCCUUUUUUCUGUCUCCCUCCCAUGAAAAAGCUUGCUUCUGAUGGAGGAAGAGGGAAGAGCUUUAUUUCCCCCAGAUCCUUUCUAGUUCCAUUGUAGUUUUUAGUUAUGUACUGUGUGCUACAGAAAAUGUUCAGCUCGUUACAAACUCAGUUUGGUAAUUGCUGAACUGGUUCUGCUUGCCUCCAAACAGAAACAUCUGUGCAAAUCGUGUGGGGCUGGGAGUGAUUUCCCAGUAAAAUGGUUGGGAUAAAAUGAGCCAGUGAUUUCCCAAUAUUUAUAAACGAAUAUAUGGUAUUUAAGCAAAUCAGACUUUCAGAGGUUGAAAUUGGAUUCGAUUCUCUCUAGUUUUCAGUGAAACAGGUAUGUGAAUUACUUCUGCCAGUGUGGGUCCGGCUACAGAUGUAUCACCAGCUGUGCAGGGAAACAUGCAAGCCUUGCUCCUGUUUGCCUCAGACAUUUCAGCAGAACAGUAAAGGGUUCCAUUGAAUGAAAUUGAAUUGUUUCCCUUAGUUACCCUAAGAGCUUAAAUGUAAAAUACCUUUCGUAGUUUUCGGUGUUUAUGUCCCUUGAAAUAUGGAGUUGAGGCCAAAAAAAAAAAAAGGUCCUCCGUGAAGUCAGUUGACUGCCCACUUCAAGAUCCAGAUCGUGCUUGUACACAGCUGUGUUUCUAGGAAUCUGAGGCAUGUGUCGAUGCGUGCUGGUUGGCUUACUCAUCUCUGUGGAAACACAGCUAUCAGAAAGCCAUGUUCUGUGGAACAUGUCCUGUAUAUAUAUUCAUACAAGGUAACACAGUCUUAGUGCUAAAUGCAAAGUGAUAACUUAAUGAUGGGAUUAGUCUGAUCACUUAAUAUGCACAAUCCUGGAAUUGAAUUACUUGCAUCAGAUAUAGUGGUAUUUAUUAUUCUGUACAGAGCAAAAAAUGCAUAUAAAACAUGCUUACAUUACAUGCACGCAGCGUUCAUGCUCCGUAAAUCUUUUCUAUUUUUUAAUUUACCUUUCUCUAAAUGAUGUGCAUGGAAUAUGCCUUAUUACAGAAAAAUGCUGUUCAUAAUUUGACUGUGGAAAAGUGCCUAUAUGGUGGUAAUGCUAGUAAGGCAAAUAAGACAAAUUAUCCUAUCAGUUUACUACAUCACCAGGUAACAUUUUAUAUUGUGAUGAUAAAAAGUUUAUACCUCAAAUGUGUAUUUUAUUUUGCAAUCAGCUGUGGGGUUGGGAUGGGCAUGUGGGAGGGCUGGGGAGGGGAAGAUUUAUUCACCAGAGCCGCUGAUGGAAAUCCUCAAAAAAAACCAACCACAAAACUCUGCCCACUAUAAUUGUUUCUUUUUUGCCAUUUCUGAUAACUAUCAUGAACACAGACAAGUAAUUUUUCAUAAUUAAAUUGGAUAGCUUUAUUUUACAAAGGUAUGGAAAGUUUACAAAGCAGUAUCAAAAUCUUAACUAUCAUUAAUUGCAUUUGCACUAAAUGUGAUGAUGUACUUUUGCAAUUCAUUCUGUAAAUAAAAUUACACUAAAAAUAUUUGUAUUAAAAAAAGAAGAAAAGAAAAAAAUAUUCCCUGUAGAGAACUGGAAUGGUAUUUGGCCAGAGUGAAUCCCGCCCAGUCAGAUGUAGCUGGGGACAGUAGGAAGGUCAGAGGAGGUCACCACUGGAGAGGUACUGGACUCUCAGACAGUACACGGAACUUCUGGAAGUAAGUUUGUACAGCUAACCCCUCAUAGGCAACAUCUGUGGUGUUUCCUCCUCUAUAGAUAACUUCCUGUCACUCCCCCAAGCCAAAAAUAAAUAAAAAUAGCCAUUUA